AUGCCAAAUCAGAAAGAUUAUAAAUUGGCACAGGAGACAGACCAAGAACGUAGACUAAUAAAGAAAUGCAAUAAAUUAAGGAGAUAUAAGUUAUUCUAAGACUGUUUUAAUGAUUAGCUUAAAUUAUUGCUAAAAAAUAUAAGCAAAUUCAGUUUAGUCAAAAAGUAGCAUCUUUAUUUAGAAGGUGAUUCUUCAGAAUAUGUUUAUUUAUUUUAAAAGGGAUAAAUUACAUUAAAGAAAAAUAUAAUAGUGAAUGAAUUAGAGCUUGAUGAUCCUUGGAGAGAAAAUCAAAAACUUUUAGCAAGUAGAGCUUUUCAGCAAAAAAACAUUGAGUUAGCAGAAAUGAAUCCUUAUGAUAUUUUAGGUAUUGAUGAGAUUUUUAACUCUCAGUAGAUGGAUUUAGAGAGAUAGUUCUAUGAAAACUAAAAUUUAUAAAAUUUAGAAGGUAUCAGCGAAGAUAAUAACAAUGAAAAGCCAAACAUAAUUCAUAACAGAUAUUUAAGCAUUGUUGUUAGCAGUGAUUCUGCUACUUUUAAGUCAAUAAAAAAAGAUUUCUUUCUUACUUUUGCUUAAAAUAAUAAUUUAAUAAAAGAACUUUAUAAAAGAAGCGAAGAAAAUUAAAUAUGGAUAAACUAAUUGGUAAAGAAUUUUCAAAAAGUGUAUUCUCUAAAAAAAUAAUACAUGAUACAGCUAAAAUAAGGAGAUAGAGAUCUUUAGCUUGUUCAUAUUGAAAAUCAUUUAGUUGAGAAGCAAAAGAAAGAAAAUGAUAAAUAAAUAUUUUUUUUGGUAAGACCUGAGAUUUAAAUGUAUUAAAGAAUCAAAAGAGUAAGAGCAAAAAGUGAAAGUGAAUCUGAUAAAAGGCUUUAAAAGAAGUAUGACGAACUUAGUAAACCUGUUUCUAUUAAAUAAAAUUCAGAACUCCAUCAAAAGUUAAUAAAAUUGUUUACUAAAAAAAAAAAAGAUGCUAAUGAAAAAGAGCUGAGAGUUAAUCUUUAUGUAAAUAGCUCUGUUAAGUUCUAUAAAGAUCGCGAUGACCAAAGAAGGUAAACUAAGUAUUAAUCAACUGGGACUUUUAAGAAUAGUCACACUCUCACUCCAAAAAAAAUGACACCAACUAACAAAAUAAAAAAUAGUGGAAUGAAAACCUUGAAAUAAUUUUAUUCUUAAUUUGAUUAAUAGCACAUUACAGAAAAUUCGUUUUCUUAAAAUUGCUAAAAUGCUAAUACCAGCAGAAAUAAUGAUAAUUCAUUAAUUUAAAUGUAUAAAAAUUAAGAAAGAGCAUAUACUCCUUCUCUUAAUGGUAGAUUAAAUUUAUCAACUAACAAAUCUCCUAAUCAUGCACAAAGACCUUCAUCUAAUAUGGGAAAAAGUCAAAGUCAUAAUACAGAAUAUAUACUUUGUAGUGAUUUAAUAAAAGAAGAUCAACGAUUCAGCACAAAUCUUUAAUAGUUUGAAUAGCUUGUAAGAGGUUCAAUAAGCUGUAGAAAAAUAGAUGAGAGUGAUGAAGAUUUUACUUCUGCUUUGACAAAAAACGAUUUUAGUGGAAAUAAAAACAGUAAAUUUUCUCCUAAUAAAUCAAAUUCUAAUUUAGACAUAAAAUCAUUACUGCGAAAUAAAAAAAUAAAAAACAUUCUUUCUUAAAUUUAUGAUACUAGCUCUAUUUAUAGCAAGCAGUAGACAGAAGGAAACUUAACUUAAUUACCUGCAUAAAUCAAUAAUAUAACCCAUCACUAACUAAAUAGUGGCAUAGAUGGUCUGAAUACUAGAUAAUACAGGACGAAAUCUAUGAAUACUGAUGUUAUUGAAAUAAAUUAAAAGUAUAAUGGAGAUAAAAAUCACUUUCCUCCAGUUAGUUCUGUUACAGAAGAAUUAUAAAGCUCGAAAUUAUCUUCGUAAAUCUAUAAUUAGAGUUAGAACUAAAAAAAAAACUAAGUAGAUAAAUAUAUAAAAAUUUCUUCAUAAAAUUUAAAAAUACCGCUUGUAUCUUAUGAUGUAGAAAAAAAAAUAGAAAUUAAAAUGAGAUCACAGCUAAUUAUGAAAUAACUUGAUAUCAUUAAGCAAAAAGCCAUGAAGGAAAAAAGAACAAAUAGAAGCAAAGAUGUAGUCUUUAAUUCUAUCAGCGUUACUGAUAUUUAAAAAUCAAUUAGAGAUGAUAGUUUAGAAAGGAAUUAAAAAAUGUAAUCGAAUUUGGAUAAACUUUUAAACUAUUUUGACCAGCAAUAACUAAAAUAAACAAGAUAUUAGGUCGAUAAAUCUAACUAAAAACAUUAAGAAUACUAAUCAGUUAAUAAUCUAAGUAAAGAAUGUCAUGAAAUUUAAUAAUCAGCAAAGUUACCCAGCGAAAAUGCUCUUAGAAAUUCGUUAAAAGAGUAAAUUUUAAUAUAACCACAAUCUUAACUAAAAAUAAUCGAAAAAUUUUACCCUCUUAAUCCUAUGAUUCCGCUUACUAAGUUUAAAUAGAAAUAAAAACACAAAGAGUAACCAUUUAGUAAGUCUUGA